AUGCCACGAGGAAUUAGUUGGAGUUUCAAUGAAACUGAAGCAUUAAUUCGUAUUUGGGCUGAUUCAGCAACUCAAACAGCAUUACGUUUAAAUAGUCGAAAUCGUUGUAUUUACGAAGAUAUUGCCAAUCAAUUACAAGCCAUCGGAAUAACUCGUACGGCUGAUCAAUGUCAAAUGCGUAUAAAAUUAUUAAAAAAAAUGUAUCGACAAACGAAUGAAGCUAUUAAACGUGGUGAUGUUUUUCAGCAACGACCGUGUCCAUUUUUUAAUGAAAUGCAUCGAAUUUUUUCCGGAGUCGAAGAUCUUAAUGGAUCGUCAGUAUUAUCCAAUUCGCAAUCUCUAUUGAAAGAUGAUGACAAGGAAGAAGAAGAAGAAGAAGAAGAAGAAAUCUGUGACGAUGAAGAUAGCGAGGCAAUAAUAGCUAAGGUUGAACAAGAAAAUGAAAAUCAUAUUCCAUUAGAAGAUUCAACGAAUGAUACAUUGGCACAAGCCAUCGAUCGAUUAGUUCAGUAUCAGCAACAAAAUGAAGCUCGUUGGUAUAAAUAUCUCGAGCAGCAAGCUAAUCUUGAAUUACAACGUCGACAAGAAGAUCGAGCAUAUCAAUUACAACUCAUACAAUUACUUUCGAGUGUUAUUUCAACAAAAACAAAUUCAUCGCCAUAUCCAGUUCUUCAACAAUUACUGAUGAAUAAUAAUUCUCAAACGGAAAAGAUUCUACCACAACAAGAUAAUAAUCCUUCAAAUCGAGGCGAAAAACGAAAAUCUUCAUUAACACCAUCUGAAGAUGAGAAAAAGUCAAAGACACGAACACCACUACCAUCAAAUUUUUAUUCACUACUUGCACAAAUACAUAAUAUUAAUAAUAUGGAUGAUUCAAGUUAA